AUGAAGUCUUUGCUGCUGGUGGCAAUCAUCAUGGCCUUUGGCUUGCAGGAAGUCCAUGGGAAUCUUCUGAAUUUCCGGAAAAUGAUCAAGUUUACAACAGGAAAAGAACCUGCAACCACUUAUGGCUUCUAUGGCUGCUUCUGUGGCCUGGGCGGCACAGGGACUCCCCUGGACGCGACCGAUCGGUGCUGUGCCACCCAUGACUGCUGCUAUACCCGUCUGGAGAAUCUUGGCUGUGGCACCAAACUUCUGAACUACCAUUACAGCCUGAGCGACAACACCAUCACCUGUGAGGACGAGGACUACUGUAGAAAAGAGCUGUGUCAGUGCGACAGGACCGCCGCCUACUGCUUUGCCGCCAAUCAGGACACCUACAACAAGGAGUAUGAGUACUACUCCAACAGCCGCUGCUCCCAAACCAAGCAAACCUGCUGA